UUGACUUGGAGAUAGCGUGGCGCGAGGCGAGGCGAUGGUCUGGGCUAGUCCAUCAGAAGGUACAUUGAUGAGAAAGCGCUGGGGAUGAAGUAGCAGUGGUGGAAGCGAGCGAGAAUGGUUCUCAAGGACACAGUAGAGAUCAAGCCGGGCUUUCUUUCCUACUUCCAUGCCGAUCUGAUCGAGAGCCUCAUGCAAGGACUUGGAAAGCAGGGCAAGAGCAAGAAGGACAAGGAAAAGAAGAAUGCCGGUGGUGGUGGCGAUCAGGCCUCGUCCAAGCGCAGCAAGGCUCUCCCAUCUCUCAAUCUCUCCAAGGUGAAGAAGGGGCUGGAUAAAAAACACGGGUCUUCCCGGCGUGAUACGUCGUCUUACAGUGGGAGGAGGGAGCAUUCGCUCGCUUGUACCGCUUUGCAGCAGCGCAAGACCGACGCACAGCUUGAGAGCAUGACGCUGAGGACGCCCAGGAAAAUCGACAUAGUGUUCGAGAAUGACGUUACCAAGCGAAAGAAGAAGCAGGAUAGCUAUGCUGAGAGGCAUCAGGAGAAGUUUCUUGGAGAACAGCUCAGGCCGUACCAACAGCAAAUGAUUCUUCAGGCAUUGAACUAUGCUCCGAUAGUUCACGUCGAUCGAAGGAUUUUGGCUGAGGUUGACGACAGGAAGGUGGACGAGAUUUUAAAUCCGCCCGAGGCUUAUGAAGAAGCGACAUCCCCCGCCCAGGCAGCCGAGACGAAGGAUAUAGCCAGUGCUCGUGACCUGACAGUUCCAUGCUUGCUAGCUUCAGAGGGUCAAGAGCAACAGCGUGACGCCACGCCGAGGAAACAGGCGCUUAAGUUUACGGAAACGAAGGAUGCUGUGAAAAAAAUGUCACACAAAAGCUCAAGGGUUUCGGAGAAGGCGACAACAAAAGCUGCUCCAAAGCAAUCGGUUUUGAAGCCUUUGAAACUUCCGGACGCAACCAAGAGUUCCGUUCCCAUAGGUUUUGGAGGUGAACCAGCAGAGUCUCCUCAAACUUCAAGGCCUUCCAAAGUGGUUGUUGAGCCUACGCCAAGGAUGGCACAAACGGAUAGAAGCGCGUAUGCCGAUGUAGCCAUCCCGCAAACUGUUGUGCAAACUCCAUCGAAAGAUUGGGAAACUUUUAUGACUCCGGAAGCGGUUCUGAAACAGUAUCCAAGCUCCCUGACGGACUUCGAAAAGCAGGAAAUUUUGAAAUAUCCUGAAAUUUACUAUAUCGGUUUACCACAGAAGAAGAUUCAAGUUGUCGGAGGGCAGGGGCGAUACAAUUAUGGUUUUGAUACUGAGAAGGGAGACUACAAUGCCAUCAUGCAGGACCAUAUCGCUUACCGAUAUGAAAUUCUUGGGAAGCUUGGCAGAGGCAGCUUUGGCCAGGUGUUGAAGUGCACAGAUCACAAGUACAAAGUUCCGCGAGCCAUUAAAAUCAUUCGCAACAAGAAGCAGUUCACCCAGCAGGCCUUCAUUGAGAUUAAUCUGUUGGAGUUCCUGAGAAACAAGGCUGCAGAAGAAGGAGUAGAUUACAACAUUGUGACGAUCUACGAAAGCUUCGAAUUUCGGGGGCAUCUAUGUCUGUCUUUUGCAGUGCAUGACAUCAGCCUGUUCGACAUGCUCAAGAAGAACCAUUUCGAAGGGUUCAACUUGAGCCUUGUCAAGUGCUUUGCCAGACAAGUACUUGUGUCGCUCCAGUUUUUGCACAGAGCGCGUAUUAUCCACGGCGAUUUGAAGCCGGAGAACAUACUACUUCAACAACCUGCUUCUCCGAAAAUCAAGCUAAUUGAUUUUGGAUCCAGUUGUUUCGAGCACGAACGAAUUUAUACUUACAUACAGAGUAGAUUCUAUCGCGCUCCGGAAGUCAUCCUUGGAUUGCCGUAUGACAUGAUGAUUGACGUGUGGAGCUUCGCUUGCAUUCUUGCCGAGUUGUUCACAGGAUAUCCUUUGUUUCCUGGGGAGGACGAAGUGGAACAGCUUGCUUACAUGAUGGAAGUUCUCGGGACCCCGCCGCUAUCCCUCAUCAGUCAAGCAAAACGCAAGAAGAUGUUUUUCGAUUCCGACAACAAGCCGAGGAUCGUUCCAAACUCAUCCGGCACGAGGCACUUCCCAAGCACGAAAGAUCUCAGGAUGGUUGUCGGAUGCAGUGACAAAAGCUUCGUAAACUUCUUGUCAUGCUGCUUGAAGUGGGACAAAGAACAACGCAUGACUCCUCAGCAGUUGCUAAAACACGAGUGGAUCACACAGGUCCAGCCUCUCAACGAGGUCGUGAAAUACGUUCGUCAAAGCUCUAGAAGAAGGUCCUCGAAAUCAACGAAGAAGCCAUCAAUGAAGCAAACGAAGCUGCAGAUCCAUCGGCAAGGGUUUUUGCGCCCGGGGCGUGGGAGCUGCCAUCGAUCGGAUCGAGGCGGCAAUGCAUUCCAGCGCGAGCGGAUCCUGCGAUGGUGUCCUAGCAUCCGGCAUUUCGGCGCGGGUAGCAUGAAUCAGUACCACAUCUACGAAGCAAUCGGCCGGGGCAAGCAUUCGACUGUGUACAAGGGCCGCAAGAAGAAGUCGAUCGAGUACUACGCCAUCAAGAGCGUGGAGAAGAGCCAGAAGAACAAAGUCCUCCAAGAAGUUCGAACGCUUCAUUCCUUGGAUCAUCCAAACGUUUUGAAGUUCUAUGCGUGGUAUGAGACUUCUGCUCACUUGUGGCUGGUUUUAGAGUAUUGCGUUGGAGGCGAUCUUUUGACGCUGCUCAAACAGGAUACUAGACUGCCUGAAGAGUCGGUUCACGAUUUUGCCCGUGAUUUAGUGGAAGCGCUACAGUUUCUGCAUUCAAAGGGAAUAGUUUACUGUGACCUUAAGCCUUCGAACUUACUGCUUGAUGAGAAUGGCCGCAUCAAGCUGUGCGAUUUUGGUUUGGCUCGACGACUCGCUGACAUUUCAAAGAACACUGUUCAACAGCUGCCGCAAGCCAAGAGAGGCACACCAUGUUACAUGGCCCCAGAGCUUUUUCAGGGAGGUGUUCAUUCUUUUUCAUCUGAUUUAUGGGCUCUUGGCUGCGUCAUGUACGAGUGUUAUGCCGGAAAGCCGCCAUUCGUUUCCACGAGCUUCACACAGUUGGUGGAGUCUAUUCUCCAUGACCCAGCCCCAGCGUUAUCUGCGUCAACGAAUAAGGACUUCGAGGAUCUUCUGAGCCGGCUCCUUGUGAAAGAUCCUGCGGAAAGAAUGAAGUGGUCGGAGGUACGGGAUCAUUCGUUUUGGAGGAAAAAAAUCAAGCCUUUGGUGUUACCGUCACAACCAGCUUUUCUGAAGUAUCUGGAUUCGAAAAAGACUUCAGAACCACAGGAUAUAACAGAAAAGUCACGGAAUGGUGGAUCGGGUCCAAAGCAGCAGCCGGCAACAAUCAAGAAGCACGAGUACUUGCACAAGACAACAGACAAAGGGGAAACUAUCGCCAAUGGAAAAACGCCUCCAGGGAGACGUCCAGCAUCUUCAGGGCCGUUGACGGAAGCUUCAGGACGAGCCAAUGCUGUUGUCAACGUCUUAAGACUGUCGAAGAUAGUGAAGACGAAUUUGCAAAGAGAGGCCGAAGGGGAUUCAUACCGGCAGCAAAAUGCUGGGGCAGCUACAAACGAUUCAGAUCUGACGCUGGAAAACCAUGACCAGGAACUCGACUUUGCGGAGCGUCCGGACACCGAUGGAGAAACCGAGGAUGACGAAAGUGUCAGCGCUGCGGAAGCUACAACACAUGACGAAAGCGUUCACGAAGAUGGAGCGGAUAGCAACGGCAAGGAGCUGGAUUAUGAUAAAAACGUGGAAGAAGUUCGUUUGGAGGCUUUAAGAAUGGAGGUUGCUGCUACGCCCCCUGGUGUUGGAAUACCGAGGAAAGCUCAGAGGAUUGCUGCUUUAACGGGAGAGAAGAAGAAACCGGCUGUCUCCAAAGCUGAGGAUCAUCCAAAGGCUUCAAUCACGUUAUCUCAGGCUCUCUGGCAUCCGUCCGACCUUGCUGUGAGGCCAAUUAUGCAGAACCGCAAGGCUGACCAGGCAGCUGACGUCCGUUUCGAUGGGAAAACGCUGCCAGUGGAUUCGCUCUCGUCGUCAGAGUUUUUGAAGCUACAACCCGACGAACUGGAAGCGUUUGUGACUCGGAUAAUGAGCAGUAUAUGUGGGAAUACAUCUGUCAACGAGAAGAUGAACACGCUCAAGUAUCUGGAGACUAUCUGUGUUAGCAUGGAUGCUGCGAACGUGUUUAUCAACGGAGUUCUGAUGCACUCACUUGUCAAGCUACUGCGAACAACGAAGCUACCGGCAUUGCGAGUGCAACUUACGUCCGUUAUUGGCCUUCUCGUUCGACAUGCAACACUGAUUGAAGACGACCUUGCGAGCUCAGGUAUCAUUGCGGUUCUAACGGAAACUUUAAGGGACAAGCAGGAAAAAGUGCGCCGUUGUGCCAUGGCAUCACUUGGCGAACUGUUAUUCUAUAUUGCAACUCAAAACGGAGGGUCUCCAAGAUCUGGGGCUGGUCACGACAACGUACCAAAGGAAGGAAGAUCUUCUGUUUGGCAGGUUCCCAGUACGACGAUAGCUCUUGUGGCAUCUAUUCUCCGGAAGGGCGAAGAUGAUGUCACUCAGCAUUACGCUCUGAAAGCGAUUGAGAACAUUUCAAGUCAAGGAGGAGAGUGGGCGGCCCGUUUCACCACUCAUGACGUGCUGGGGAAUCUUUGCUAUAUAAUGAAGACUUCAUCCAAACAAGAAGUUGUUCGAUCAACAGCAGGGUCUUGCUUGGUGCGGUUGGUCCGUUUCAGCCCUUCAAGCGUCGCUGUGGUUCUGGAAAAGGUGACCUUUAAAGAGCUGAUCGCUGGUUUAUGCAAAGGAGGUGCAAAGCUUCAGCAGGUCUACAUCAACCUCCUGAACAUUGCGCUAGUCGGAUCUAGCGUGAUGAACAAUGCCAGCAGGCACUUGCAGGUGCUCUUCGACGAGAAGGCUCUGAUUCCCAACAUCAUGGCCAUCUUGGAACAGGGUCCGGAAGUUCUUCGCGGCAAGGCGUUCGUUUGCGCCGCUUUGCUGUGCAAGAUCAACCGCAGGUGGAUGCUGUCAUUCUGCAACGCUAAAAUUGUGCCAGCCGUGGAGAGACUGACGAAGGAAAAGGAUGCUUAUGUCCAACAGUGCGUUGACGCGCUCAUACAGAUCGUGGUCUCGCUAGUUCCGGGCAUCCUUGACAGCAUCGGUGCCGAUUUCCAGCAGUCAGCAAACAGCAAGCGGCCAAGCUCGGCCACCACGACUCAGCAUGCAACUCUGGGACGGAGUCAGCCUCGAGGCUCCAUGCCGCUCUUCCCAGUCGUACUACAUCUGUUUCGGAGCUUGACGUUUCGGGACAGGAUUGUCAACGCGCAAGUCUUACAGCAGCUGGCCACCUUUCUGAAACGGAUGGAAGCAGCAACGAGUCAGGGCCAGGAUGACUUUCAAACGACACUGCUGCGAAUAAUAGAGUCAAUAUCACAGCAGCCGAGUAUCCUCCUGGCGCACCAGGAGAUCUUCAUAACGCAAGUGCUUCCAAGCCUGGCAAAUCUCUACAGGAGAAACACCUGCGGAGAUACGCGAUUCCUGUGCCUCAAGGUCUUCUGCGACAUUCUUCUCGUCAUCAUGGACGACAUGGCGGAGCAGUCGAGCGGCACGAGACAGGACCAGAUGAGGCUGAUCAUCAAGCAGUAUUUCCUGCCACUGUACCCCGUGCUGCUGGACGACGAAGACCCGAUCCCGAUGUACGCCCAGAAGCUGCUGGUGAUGCUCCUGGACCUCAGAUGCAUCGACAUCAACGACAUUCUCCAGCUCAAGAUCGUCUCCCAGUUUUUCGAGUUCCUCAAGGAGGACCUCGCCACCGUCAACCUCCACAACGUCCGGCUCUGCCUCUUCCUGGUAUCGUCGCAGGAGGUGGAAACCGCAGUGAUCUCCGAGCUGCAUGUAGUGAGCAGGUUGGUCGCGCUCCUGGAGUUCGUUCACCUCAAGGGGAUGCAGGACUUUCUGGAUCCCACGCUAUCCGUUUGCCGGCUGCUGCUCAUCCGGAACGCGGGGAAGCUCAAGAGCAGUGGAAGCAGCGCCACCAACAACGGUUUCAAAGUGGAGGAGCUGCCUUCUCAGCUGGAAGACGUCGGGGGAUUCAGCGCGCGAGCGGGGCUGUUCGUGGACCUGUGCGGCAAUCCGGAGCCCCGGAUCGCCGAGACCGCGUCCGAGUGCCUGAUACUGGCGGUGAAGGCCGCGCCGGGGCUGGCGGCGCCGUCCGUCCUUUCCAGCCUCCAGGAGCUGGCCAAGGUGCUGGAGAGGUCCACCAGCGGAGGUCACGGCUCGGCGCUGCUGUCGCUGCUCCAGCGGCGGCUCCUCCAGGCGCUCACGCUGGCGUGCAAGGAGCAACGCCUGGGCGAUUCCAGCGGCAGGAGGAGCGCGUCGGCGUGGCCGGCAGCGGCCGUCACGUCGCUGGAAAACGUGGUGCUGCGCCUCCGAAAGUCAAGCUUGCCGCAGGUGGCAGAUGCUGCGGUGGACGCUGCGCUGGAGUUGCAGAUCCUCCCGGGGAGAUCGUGAAGGAUAGGCUAGAGCAAGUCCAGCGAGACAAGCGAAAGUCUACGUACGCGUUGGUGCUCACUCCUUCUCGGCCACUGUUGUUGAUAUAGUUUGU